AUGGACAAGGUCAACGUUUCGUGGUUGAAGGGGCUGCGGAGUGCGAUGAUAACCUUCAUCAAGGAGCACGUCGCUUUGAAACGGUCGGGCCAUGUCGGAGUUGCUGCCGACGCCUGUGACGACGACGGCGAGGAGCCCCCGUCGGCAUCCCAAGCAGUAGGUGUCGCCCACCCCGUCGAUGAUGCGCGUGGGACUUCGAUCGGAGAGCCCGGCGGCGGCGUCGACAAGGCCGAUAAGGAGGCAGGAAGGGUAGUGACCGGGACUGCGGAGAAGCACCAGGACGAUAACGAGGAUCUGGAAGAGGAGGAUGAUAACGAGGAUCAGGAAGAGGAAAACCAGGGUUUUCAUGAGGAGGAGGAGGAGGAGGAGGAGGAGGAGGAGGAGGAGGAGGAGGAGGAGGAGGAGGAGGAGGAGGAGAGGGGGGAGGGGGGGGGGGGCGCGGCGGAGGAGGAGCAAGAGGGGGAGCAGGAGGUUAAGGUCGAGUGGGAGGUCAUGGAGGUGGAGUACGAGGAGGGAGCGGCGGAAACGGGUGGGAGGUCGGCGGAUGCUGUGAACGAGGGAGGGGAGGAUGCCGACGAGCAGAAAGUCGGCAUGGAGGCGGCUCACGGGGGGGGUGGGAGGUCGGCGGAUGCUGUGAACGAGGGAGGGGAGGAUGCCGACGAGCAGAAAGUCGGCGUGGAGGCGGCGCACGGGGGGAGUGAGAAGGUCGUGGUCGGCGAUGUGGAUCCCCACGCGAAGGAAGUUGUCGACCUUGAGUCCGGUGGAGAAGGGGAUACCGCCGCGGCCACGAAGCAGACGGGCGUGGAAGGGCCUACCGAGGCCACCGCGGGGAAGGCCGUGGGGGAGCGGUCAAGGAAGAAGAAGGAGGCGCGCGGUCAUCCCGGUUCCUCCGCAUCUGCUCGGCAGGCACCGCUGGACGCCGUCGAGCAGCUGCGACAAGAGAACAGGCGGCUGACGGCAGAAAAUGUCCGUUUGGAGAAGGCGCUCGGAGAGGAGAAGGGUCGGGUGGACAGGUUUGCGUUGGGGGCACGUGCACUGAUGGACAAGCUCAAGAAGUUGGCCGACCAGGUCGCCGUCUCCGACCAGAAGGCGGCGAGUCGGCUGCUAGACGCGACCUUGUCCAUGUCGACAACCGUCACGGACAACAUCACCGCCAACAUGGGCGACGCAUGGGAGGCGAUGAAGCAAUACGCCGUAAAGACGUCGAAGUGGUUGGACGAACUCGACGAUCCGGAGGGGUUUAUGGCAGUGGAACGUGCGAAGGCGGUCAACACCCUGGCCGACCACGUGGAAGCGGUGGUGGACGGUGCGAAGCUGGGUUUGGAGGACUACAUCUCGAAGCACCUAGCCGCCGCGCAGACCAACAUUGCCGCCGCGGUAACUCGCAACAUCGCCGUGCCGCCGCCGCCGCCGCCGCAGCCCACGCCAGCCUUCCCGGACGAGCAGGUGAAGUUGUUCAAGGCGGAAGUGUUGAAGGCGGUGACGGAGGCCACACAGAAGGCGUUUGUUGCGUCCGGGUUAAAGCUCAUGACCGAGGUGAUCGGCAAUGUGGUGCCUGGUCGGCGUGGGUCGUCGCCGUCGGCCAAUGACACCGAUCCCGCGGCGCGAAGGGAGGCCGACAAGCAGGGCCAGAAAAGGGCGGGCGGCGGAGAGGACGCGGCGAGCGUGAAGCGGAGCAAGGGAGCCGAUGGGAGCCGCGGCGUCGGCAAGGUGGGGCCAGGCGGCUCGCGGACUGAAGGUCAGAGCGUGGUCGACCAGCUCAAGAAGAACGGGGCGAAGGAGAUCCCACCCGCUCGGACGGCGAAAGAUGGCGGCGCCAGAACCGUCAAGGGACCGUCUGUCGGGGUGGCGGGGACCACGUCGAUUCCCCGUAAACCCCCUGCGGCUAGCAGCGCGCCUGUCGGCCCGUCCGCCGCCAACAACGAGGGGCCGGCCCUUGCGGCUACUCGAGCUCCAGCAGGCCCGUCUGCCGCCAAGGGCGACGCGAAGGAUGCCACUAAGGAGCCCGCAGCCGCGAACGCGCUCAGGGAAAUGCUCCACCGCAUGGAGGCCCAUCGCCGGGACGUGCAGCAGCCUCCCUUGGUCGACGCCGCCCCCGCCGAAACUGCACGUCCUUCGGUCACUCCGCAUGUCGCCGCCACAGCGUCCAGAGCCCCACCUACAGCGCUUCUGCUCGCCGGCCGUCCUCAAGCGGACCCAAAGUCCGCAUUGCUUCACACCCGGUUAGGCGCACGUAGUGCGGCAGCGCCAACACGGACUCAGCCGGAAGCCGGCUCAAGAGCGACGCCGACGUCGGUAAACGUGGCUGCACCCACACCCGGUGCAGCUGUUGUCGAUGCGGCGGCGGAGAAGGGCGUGAGGGCAGCGCUAGCCACCGGCGGAGCCGUUGCCCCUGCACAGGCGGCGAAAAGCCACAACGACGCCGAAAUCGCUGCCAUACAGGACCUGUUGGAAGCGGUAAAACGCCCCGCCCCCCCCCCCCCCCCCUGCUCUGGCCAUCUCGGACACGGCGCAUGUGGAGCCCUCGGCGAGUCCCCCCGGUGGUUCAGCGGAGCCAAAGACGACCACCGAGGCUGUCAGCGAGGGAAAGUCGAAACGAAAGGGGAAGGCCGACACAGGGAAAGGAAGGGCGAGCUCUCAGAGGAAAACACGGGCGACGUCGACGACGAUGGAGAAGGCGGAAGGAAAUCGAAGGAGAAGUCGGCGGAGAAAGGGAAGGAGAAGGCGGAGGAGAAUCAAGAGGAGAAGUCGGUCGGCGAGGGUACGUCGGCGAAGAAAGGGAAGGAGAAGGCGGAGAAGGAGAAGGAGGAGGAGGAGAAGAAGGAGAAGGAGAAGGAGGAGAAGGAGGAGAAAGAGAAGGAGGAGAAGGAGAAAGGACGGAAGGGUCAUGGCAUCCGCCACGACAGCUCGGGCGACAAGCUUGGGUGGGUGGGCGAGAUUAAGGUGCUCGGCGUGAAUCGCUACAUCGGCAAGUCGCGCGAGAAGAUGGAGUUGGCGUACCUGCACUCGAUUGCGUACAUGGUCUACGACGGUUACGUCAGCAAGAUCCUCAUGGACGAGCUCACCGACUUGGAGGAAACCGAGAUGGAGAAGUGGAGGAAUGUGUGGGAGGAGGUCAAGAUCCUGCCGACAGGGAUGUGGACGGUGAUAUGGGCAUGGGGCGCGUACCUUCCAAAAACACGGUAA